AUGUCGAGAUCCAUUGUUCUAUUCACCGUUGGCUUCAGUCUUGCUGCACUGGUCACUUCACAGAUUAGCAGUAUUGUGUCUUCAGAAACUUGCGGGUACAUCGAUGGAGGUAGGGUUGUCAUCACGGCGUGCAAGCCAUCAACUAAUGGGAGACCUUGUCCAGAUUUCGAUCGUGCAAUCGAAUGCACGUCUAGAUCAUGCGGAUUCUUGUUCAUAUGGGGCCACGACAAUGCCUAUGCUGGAUGCUGCGGUUAUGAGAGAUGUGCAAUCGCCACGACAUGUAUUGAGUCAGGCACAGCACUAAACAGUAAUACCAUUCAAUGCACCGAUGGUUCGCUUUCUGCAUGUGCAACCUACACAUGGCCACAACUCUCAGCAGAAGCAUAUUUCUGUGCCACGGCAAGGACGACAGUGACAGUCGUUACAGAGACUAGAGACGCAACUUCUAGCAAUCCGUUAACCUUCACUGCGGAACCAACAAUUGAGCCCUCAAGAACAGACGGAGGAGGUCCUCAACCAACGGACGCCGAUAAACCAAACCUCGGGACCGAGUCUGACUUGAGCUCGCGACAAAGGAUAGGCGCCGGGGUGGGCUCGGGGCUUGCUGGUGGGCUGAUGUUGAUAUUUUUUGCACAACGCAAAAGGAAGAGUCUGAGGCCACAGGCCGAUUCGAAACCCAUGCUACAGAAAGAUGCUCAAGCGGAAGUCAGCUCAGCUCCCUUGAAACAAGGACCGGUUGGCAAUGGCCUCCUUAUUGAGAGGGAAGCUGAAAUGACAUAG